AAAUAGAGCUAAUCGAUGCAAAAAAUUGGGUUUAAAAUACAUCUGUUAGCAUUGGCUGUCAAGAUAACGUUAGCGAGUCUCUAAAUAGCAUGGUCGUUAUUGACACCGACGGAUGCCCUCUUGGCAGGACUUGUUGUGGUGUGGUGGAGAGACGGCAAGGGAAGCCAUGGAGGAGCAGACGGGCUCGCCUGGCGCCAACACAGACAACAGCAGCCAGAGGAAUGGAGGAGAGGAGAAGCCCAGACGCCAGAGCUGGACCAAGGGCCGGAAGAGGAAGAAACCGGUGAAGGACAGCAACGCGCCCAAGGCCCCGCUGACGGGCUACGUGCGCUUCAUGAAUGACCGGCGCGAGCAGCUGCGGGCAGAGAGGCCCGACGUGCCCUUCCCUGAGAUCACACGCAUGCUGGGCAACGAGUGGAGCAAACUGCCACCGGACGAGAAGCAGCGCUACCUGGACGAGGCAGAGAAGGACAAAGAGCGCUACAUGCGUGAGUUGGAGAAAUACCAGAAGACUGAGGCCUAUAAGCACUACACCAGGAAGGUGCAGGAGAAGCAGAAGGGAAAGAGGCACAGGGGAGAUGUCGGCCGCCAGGUAGCCAACGAGUCUCUUCAUGAGAAGGAUGCCGAAGGGAAGGAGCGCUCCGUGUUUGAUAUCCCCAUCUUCACAGAAGAGUUUCUCAACCACAGUAAAUCGCGUGAGGCUGAGAUGCGUCAGCUGCGUAAGACCAACAUGGAGUAUGAGGAGCGCAACGCGGCGCUGCAGAAGCACGUGGAGAGCAUGCGCAGCGCCGUGGAGCGCCUGGAGGGUGACCUGAUGGCGGAGCGCGGACGCAACGGGCUCCUACUGCAGCACCUGGAGACGCUACGCCAGGCCCUCACCUCCAGCUUCUCAGUAGUCGCACUGCCAGGCAGCGGAGAGACGCCCACGCUGGAUACCAUCGACACCUACAUGAAGAGGCUGCACGGCCUCAUCCUGACCAACCCCCAGGAGCACGAGAACCUGAUCGGCACCGUCAGGGAGGUGGUCAGCCGCCUGGAGAGGUGA